AUGCUUCUGCAGUCGACCGUUGGUCCCAGCAAUUUGGGAUUUACUUUUCAUCUUUCGAACAAGUACAAAUACCAGAGGCUCUCCAUCCCAAGUCCAUGCCUGCCUUCUCCUCUGCUCCACUGCUUGGGUGAAGACAAGAUGAAGCUCACAAUUUUCUUUGCCGGCCUUCUCGGAGUCUUUCUAGCUCCUGCCCUUGCUGAUUACAACAUCAACGUCAACGGUGACAACAGCAAUGCUGGUAGUGGGCAGCAGUCAAUCAGUGUCAAUAAUGAACAUAACAUGGCCAACGUGGACAACAACAAUGGCUGGAACUCCUGGAAUACCCUCUGGGACUAUAGAAAUGGCUUUGCUGCAACCCGACUCUUUGCGAAGAAGCUAUGCAUUGUGCAUAGAAUAAACAAGGAUGUUGUACCCCCCAUUCAUGCCCUGGAGGCAAUGGUCAAGGAAAAUAAGAUCCAAGGUAAGGGACCAGGAGGACCACCUCCCAAGGGUCUGAUGUACUCAAUUAAUCCUAAUCAAGUAGAUGAUCUAAGCAAGUUUGGAAACUCCAUCGCUAACAUGUGCAGAAAGAUUCCAACAUACACAGCUGAGGAGAUGCAAGGGGCAAGCCUGUUCUUUUUCUCAGGACACUGCUUCAAUGCUAAUGUACUCUGGGUUCUGAACAUUUCCUUCUGUGGAAGAACAUUGGAGAACUAA